AUGGCGCUUCCACUGGGCUGGGCAGUGGCGGUGGCUGCCGUAGGGGCCAUAGUCAGCAUGUUUAGCGGCCACGUCAACUUUGCGCCGGGCGCCUGCGAGCGCCUGGAGCCCUUCCUCUCCUCCCAGAUGGUGGGGCAGGAGCUGGCGCUGCGCCAGAUCAGCGACGCCAUCUGCGACCACCUGGCGCAGCAGGAGCCGCGCCGCCCGCUGGUGCUCUCCCUGCACGGCCCGCCCGGCGUGGGCAAAUCCAUGUUCCACCACCUGGCGGCGCAGGCCCUGUACAACCGGCGCAUCCACGACGCGCUGCGCUGCCCGGGGCUGGAUUGCGCGGGAUACAAAGUGCUGUACGGGAUGGACUAUACGGCGGAGGAGCGGCAGCGGCAGCACACCCUCUUGCGCGCCGCGCUGCUGGAGCACCUGCGCCAGGCGCCCGAGUCGCUGCUGGUGGUGGAGGAAUAUGACAAGCUGGACUGCCCCAUGCGCGGCUUCUUCCGCCAGCUCCUGGAGAACGGCCAGGUGGCCAACGUCAGCCUGAACAAGGCCAUCGUGGUGCUAGAAUCCAACCUCGGCUACACGGAGCUGCAUGACCUCCUGCUGCGGGCCGGGGACAGAAGCAAGAUUGGCGCGGAGGAGGCGCAGCGCGUGCUUAAAGACAUGGUGUUUGAGCGGUGGCUGGCGCAGGGCUGCGAGGAGCGGUCGGACACGCUCAAGAUGGUGGGCCUCGUCUCCUUCUUCCUCCCUUUCUUCCCGCUGGAGCGCCGCCACGUGCGGCAGCUCUUCGGCAUGCACCUGGCCCGGCGGGGCGCCGAGCUGCAGCGCCAGAAGCUGGGCGGGCUGCAGUGGGACCCUCUGGUGCUUGAUUUCCUCACCAGCAAGGUGGACUUUGAAGGGGACUUUCCAAUUGAGGGGGGGAAGGAGGUGGGCACGCUGAUGACGCGGUAUGUGUCCCGCCCUCUGCGGUUAUGGACCGCGGCGCAGCAGGAAGCAACAGAGCAGCGGAAGCGGCGGAAGAAGACACCUGCGGGCGGGCAGCAGCAGUGCGAGGCGAAAGAAGCAGCGGGAGCGGAGGCAUGGGCGCCCAGCAGCGGGCGGUUGAGAGUGGACGAGAGUGGCAGAGAACUGACGAUAGAGCCGGUGCAGGCGCUGGCCUGGCCCGGCGCUGUGACAUGA